AGUUGGGGAUAGGUACAGCAGGAGAAGGGGACAGUUGGGGAUAGGUACAGCAGUAGGAGGGGACAGUUGGGGAUAGGUACAGCAGGAGAUAGGGACAGCAGAAGAGUCAGAGGCACAGUAGCUGUGUAGUACACAUGUUCUGUCAUCAGCCUGGCCUGUAGGAGAACAGAGAUGAUUGGUGGCUUUGAGUGAUCCUGGUGCUGAGCGUCGCUGCGUGGUACCGGGGCUCUGCGGCCGUACCCCUAACCGGAGAAGAGAUCCUCACACAGAUACAGAGUUUAUCUACGUUACAUCAGGCCAAUGCCACCAUGAUGCUCAACACAUAUCUGCACUAUCAGGGCACGCCGUUCAGCGACCCUGGGUUCAAUUUUCCCUACUGGCUGGAGAAGGGCCUACCCACCGCUGCCCUGGGCUUCAGGACGUGGAGAUGUCUCUGCCCGGGAGAACGUCUGCUGCUGGACAGGGAUGCUUUCUCAGCCAUCUCCGAGUUCCUCCAGCUGGUCCAGGACGAUCAGUACAACCUGAAUCCAGAGGCAGCAGAUCUGCACAAGCUCCUGGAGGCUUCUCGGAGGUCCUCCGAGGCUUUGCUGAGUAACCUAAAUACAGCCAUGAUCAUCCUGGGCUACCAACCCCCAUCCAUCCACCCUGAGCCCCUGAGCUGGGCUUCCACCAGUGACAGCGAGAUCAAGAGGAAGGUGAGAGGCUACGUGCUAUGCAGAGAAUACAGGGACUGGCUGAUGAGAGUGCCCAAGGACAUAGCUCUUCUGAGAGGGCCACGAAGCAGAAGGGAGAGCGUUGGGCAAGAGAAAAAGGACUGCUGCAGGUUCUAGGACCCAACGCACAAAGGAAGGAGAUGGUUUUAAGCCAAUGAACAAAUAUACUAAAGAGAAACAGAGGUAGUAGAGUGAGGAUGGAUGGAGGGCUUCAGGGCCUUGGGCAUGGUCAGGUCAAGGAGUAGGCAGCAGAGCUUACUGCCUUUGGCGUAGGGAAUUCUGUGGGUCUUUGCACAAUUUCUAUCCUGUUCUAGCCUCUUCUUGUCAGGUCCUCAAUUUUUCAGGAGCUGGUCUCCUUCUGAAGGUCUGAAAGAGAGCGUGGCACCAUUAUGCCGUAUUUAGGAUGGAUUACAGAAUAUACUAAGCUUUGGAGAGAGAUAAAGCGGAGGGAGAUAAAGUACCAGCCAAUCAGCUCCUGUCAUUUUUUUAAACACAGCCAGUAACAUGGCAGUUAGGAGCUGAUUGGCUGGUACUUUAUCUCUCCCCAAGGCUUAGUAAAUAGACCCCACAGUCUCACCUGGACUACUGUAUUUUCUGCUAGCGGGGUGAACCAAGGCAAACACCCUACAAACGCCGCAGGAGCCGAGCGAGGACUCCGAGCAGAAUAAGUUUAGAAAGUUAUGUGUCAUUAAGUAGAAAAGUUUCAUGAAGGCCUAACGACUCCUCAUUGUUGGCUCCGCCCAUUAAAUGGCCGCCUCCACUGUGUGCAGGUGAUGGGAACAUUUUUAACAUUUCCAUGUAAGGACAAAAACUAGGUACCACAGCUAUAGCUGUCAUCCUCAGAGCUUCCUUACUGCACGUUGUCAUUCCUCAUCUGUGCCAGCAGGUGGCGCAAAGGCUCCUAGCAAAGGUGGUUGGUUGCUAUGUAUCUGAGAUGCUUCAUCAGUCAUGAGAAUCUGAUUCAGUCUUAUUGUUCCCGCCAGGAUUGCAGAAGUUGCCCUGAGUGUGGCACGUGCUCUCUGGAUGUUUCCAGGCCUGCAAUGACUGCGCCCUCCAACAGGCAGGGCACGCUUGGAGUUGUAGUUCCACAGCAGGAGCGCUACUUAUUUUGCACUGCUUGAAAGCAGAUAUCUGCGACACCUUGGGCUCAUUAACAUACUGUAGUCACUGGCACUAGACAUGGGUAAAUAGAUAAAUAAAUGGUAUACCGCUAAUGAGCCACAGAUUAGAGAGGCAGACACAUCCUGAAGCUCCUGUAUAAAUGCACUGAUUUACGAGAAUAAUGGGACAAAACAGCGUUCUUGUAAAACCCUCUAUUUAAGCAAUAUUUAUAUUUAAUGCUUUAUUUAAGGAAACGCUUAUUUAUGUUUUAAGAUGCUGCUAUUUUACUUUCAUGAUGAUGUCAUCGUACUUUUUUUUUUUGCACUGGAUGAUGUCACGUGUCUGGCACUUUAUAUUUCUCUGGACGUAUAUCCGCACGGCGUCAGUGACUCCUGCAGAGCAUUGCACGUAUUAGGACGGAGGGAGAAACUAUUUAUGUACUGAUAUUUUUCCAUCUUAUGCUUAUAAUUCUAUGUAUGUUUGUAUAUUUAUAUUAUUUAUAUGAUGAAUAAAUGGAUUGUAAUUCAAA